CCCAACGCCCCAGGCUCGGCUGCGCUGCCGCCGCGACUGGGAACCCCGAGCCCGCCAGUGGCGAGAGCGCGGUCAGAAACGCGUUGGCGGCAAGAAAUCCACAACCCAGCUAGCCAGAAGGAACUCUGGGGACAUCUAGAAAGAAACAGGAAGGACUCGAAUAGAAGCAGUGACGGAGUCAUGAUCGUGCUGGGCUGGAUGCUUUUUGUUGGACUCGCAUGUUACCUGGGCACGUUUCCAGAGCUGACGCCGCCAGCCCUGAAGUGGAACGAAUGGUGGUCUCUCCAGGAGGGCAAGGCACGAGUGAGGAGCCGGGCUCUGGAUGAAGAUCGGCCACUGUGAGUGGGGGGUCAGGUCUGCUGGCCUGGACGCCUCCAUUUCCAGAAAACUAGACCCCAGUGGAGAUAAGCAAGGACGAUCCUGGUGAAGUAAUGCAGCUUUGAAGCUCACCCGACCAGCUUUACAGUUCCUGAUGUUGGUUUCGCAUAAAGUAAAUUGCACAUUAUUUUGUCAUA